AUGGAUUUGAUAUCGCUGCCACCCUGCUCGAGACGCUCGGAAAUGGCGACGAUGGCGACUGAACAACCGAUGGCAUUGUCGCCCGCGUCCACCUCGGCGAUUAAGAUCUCGACGACAUUUUUAAAGACGCCCGUCAAGACGGAUCAGGAAAUUCUGCAAAAUUCCAUGCUCGAAGACGACCCAAAUUCCAACACAAUCCUUGCCAGCCCCGACCCAGCCCGGGAUGGCCCGGUAAGCCACGAAAAGCGACCACGAUGGGGCCCCCAGCACAAAGGCGCACAGGAGCUAGCCAAGCUGUAUAGUAACGGAAAACGAACUCAGGAAAUCGUAUGCGUGUACAUCUGCAUCUCGCUGAUGGUGCUAAAUCUCGGGCUUAUUCUGAGGCACUUCCGGUUGGAGCGAAUUAGCAACGUCGUGGUGGCGGCAAUCUUUGGUAUCCUUACGGCAGACUUCGGCUCGGGGCUUGUGCAUUGGGGUGCUGAUACGUGGGGUUCAGUCGAGCUGCCUAUCAUCGGCAAGAAUUUCCUCCGACCAUUCCGGGAGCACCAUAUCGAUCCGACUUCCAUCACCCGGCACGACUUCAUCGAAACAAACGGGGACAACUUCAUGGUGGCAUUGCCCAUUCUCGGCAAGUUAGCGUGGAACUUUUUUACCCAAACCAACGCAGAAAUACAGCAGGAUUAUGCCAUUAGUGCGUAUCUCUUUUUGUGUUCGAUUUUCAUCGCGAUGACGAACCAGAUUCACAAGUGGUCUCACACGUACUGGGGCCUGCCGAAGUGGGUGCUGUUUCUGCAAAAUCAUCACAUCAUAUUGCCACGGCGUCACCAUCGCAUUCACCACGUCGCUCCUCACGAAACGUACUUCUGCAUAACGACGGGAUGGCUCAAUUGGCCGCUAGAGAAGAUCAAGUUCUGGUCAACACUGGAGGCAAUCAUCGAGCUUUCGACGGGACACAAGCCCCGAGCGGACGAUCUGAAAUGGGCCCAAAAACGAACAUGA